AUUAUCCCCUCCAAGAAGUUGGAAAGUCAAGAGCAAAGGGGAAAAAACAUGGCUCUGCAAUGUUAUUGAGAAAUUCAAAGCAGUUUGGUGUUACGCAUUUAAUUCUUUGACUAUUUUAGAGAAGAAAGUUUAUAUUUUUUGUGGAUUUGACUUUCUUUUUAAGUAAAGAAUUUGUAUAAGUGAUUCGUGAAGUGAAAACGGAAGAAAGUAAAGAAACGAAAGGGUGAAAGAGCAAGAGAAAGAGAGAGAAAGAAAAUGUAUUCGAUCAAGACGAGUCAUUGUAAAUGUCAUGUAUUUUGCAACAGGGAAUGAUUUACGAAAUACUGAAAAGAAGUGACUUUAAAAAAUUGAUAUUGAUAAAAAUUAAGAUCAGUCUGCAAUAGUAUCUGUAAGAAUACAGACUACUCUUUCUACGAGUUUUUGGUUAGUGGUUACGAUCAUGACCAUCUGGAUGGUACCAGUCAGCUGUAACUCGUAACACGCGUUUACACGUGCAGUUUGUAAUUCGUUUGAUGAUCAUUGAGACAUCUCAUUCAAAUCUAACCGUAAUUCUUCAUAAACCGCAAUUUACAUGAAAAAUGAUCAUUCCUGGUUCACGUUUGACGAUGAUAUACGAACGGUUUAUAUCUUUUGAUUUAAACGUACUACAAGCGCUAUUCCAAAUGCUGCCUGAUCACUUCGAUCUAUUUGCGCUAGAAAAGUAUUCCAAGAAAUAAUUUCCUGCACGUAUACGUUGCGUUUGAAUAAAAAAGAAAUUUUGGACGGCCAUGAAAUGAAAAUACGCUCGCGAUGUAUUUUACUUUUAUGUUAUUUUUAAACCACUGAUGUAGAAAACAGUGCAGUGGUUGGUCAAAGCCUUGUAAUCUCCGUCUUUGUCUAUAGUUGAAAGAUUAUUCUUGGAAUAUAUUUUAGGUUUACAAGUUAAAUAAUUAUAUUGUAGAAUUUGUAUAUUUGAUUCCUUGGUAUUGCAAGUCGGUAGUAUUUCGUUGAAUGUGUAUAAGGAUGUCACUAAAGUCUAAGCCAGUUGAUUUUAUUGAAACAUGGAACGCAUUGCGAGAGACUGUAGAGGGUGUAAUAACAUUGUCCUAUGUUCCACGUGCAAUGUGGAACGAUAGAUUCAGUGAUGUAUAUUCAUUGUGCGUGGCAUAUCCAGAACCAUUUGCGGAUCAGUUGUAUAAUGAGACAAAAAGGUUUCUAGAAAAUCAUGUCUUCCAAUUGUUAAUAAAAGUUCGCGCCCAAGGUGAAUCUGGUUUGCUACAGGCAUAUCAUCAAGCCUGGACGAAAUACUCGCAAGGCAUCAAUUAUGUGGAUCGCUUGUACUUAUAUUUAAACCAACAACACAUUAAGAAACAGAAGGUUUCCGAGGCAGAACUUAUUUACGGCACGUCUUCCGCUAUGACUGCUGAUUGCCAAGAACAAAUGGAAAUAGGAGAGCUUGGUUUAGAUAUUUGGAAAAAAAGAAUGAUUACACCGUUGAGAAAACAGCUCGUCUCUCUGCUGUUAGAAAACAUUCACGCAGAUAGAACUGGUACAGCUCCUUCAGCUAGUACAGAAGUUAUUUGCGGUGUUAUACAAAGUUUCGUUCGAGUCGAGGAAUAUAAAAUGAAGGGACAAGUAGAUGUAAUAAUCGUUCUGUAUCAAGAAAUUUUUGAAACCCCUUUCCUCGAAGCUUGCGGAGAAUUUUAUAUGAGAGAGGCAUCCGAGUUACUUCAACAAUCGGAUGUAACACAUUAUAUGGAAAGAGUUACAUGGAGACUCAUUCAGGAAGAGCUUCGUGCUCAUAAGUUUCUACAUGCAAGUUCUAUGCCUAAAGUAAGACAAUGCUGUGAGGAGAAAAUGAUAGCUACACACAUAGCCUGGCUUCACGCAGAAGCAGAAAGUAUGAUAGAAAAUGAACGUAGAAGGGAUUUAAGUCUUCUUUAUCCAUUGCUAAGGCCAAUACCUUCGGGUUUAACACCGCUCUUACAAAAAUUUACACAGCACAUUACUCAGCAAGGAUUACAGGCGAUCGGUUCUUUACAAGGAGAGAAUGUACACAUACAAUUUGUGGAAAGCAUGCUGGACGUGCAUCACAAAUAUUCGGAAUUGAUUAAAGAGGUGUUCAGAGUUGAUCAAGCUUUUAUAACUGCCCUCGAUAAAGCUUGUUCAGCCGUCAUAAACCAUAGGCCUGUUCCCCGGCAACCCGCAAGAGCGCCUGAACUACUUGCUAAAUACUGCGACUCUUUGUUGAAAAAAUCUGCUAAAGCGACAUCGGAAGGGGAAAUAGAAGAGAAACUAGGACGUUGUAUUACCGUGUUCAAAUACCUCGACGAUAAAGACGUUUUUCAAAAGUUUUACGCACGAAUGUUAGCGAAGCGACUGAUACAUCAGCAGUCACAGUCAAUGGAUGCCGAAGAAUCGAUGAUCGAUCGAUUAAAACAAGUUUGUGGCUACGAGUUUACGAACAAACUUCACCGAAUGUUUACCGACAUGUCGGUUUCGGCGGACUUAAAUGCCAAAUUUACGACCAGUUUACGAGAAGGAGAUAGAGAAAAUCAAUUAGGCAUCGGUUUUGUAGUGUACGUGUUACAAGCGGGCGCCUGGCCGUUAGGUCUACCACCAUCGCCAGGACCGUUUGACAUCCCUCAACAAUUAGAAAAAUCUAUACAGGCCUUCGAAGCUUUCUAUCGUGCGCAAUUUAGCGGACGGAAACUCACAUGGUUACAUUAUCUUUGUCAAGGCGAGCUAAAGUUUAAUUAUUUAAAGAAGCCUUACUUGGUCACCGUGCAAACAUACCAAAUGGCUCUGCUUCUUCUUUUCGAACAUUGCGAUUCGAUGCAGUGCAAGGAGGCUGCCGCAUCGUUACGUUUGUCGCACGAUCAACUAGUUAAACAUGCAACUAGUCUAGUUGAUUGUAAAAUUUUGAAGAAAUCAACGGAAGGAGAACUGGAGGAGGAUACGGUUUUGUCUCUUAAUUUUGAUUACUACAACAAAAGAACAAAGUUUCGUAUAACUGGUACGUUGCAGCGGGAUGUACCACACGAAAGUCACGAUACCGAGGCCACGCAUCGCAGUGUCGACGACGACAGAAAAUUGUACCUGCAAGCAGCUAUAGUUCGUAUUAUGAAGAGUCGUAGGAUUUUGAGACACAAUCAACUCGUACAAGAGGUACUAAGUCAAUCUAAGGUUACAUUUGCACCAUCAAUCGGUAUGAUCAAAAAAUGUAUCGAAGCCCUUAUAGAUAAGCAGUAUAUCGAACGUACGCCAAAUAACGCAGAUGAGUAUUCGUACGUCGCAUGAUUUUAUUGUAUCAUUUGUCACCAUCAUUAAUUUAUUUCGUUCAGGGUACUCUUUGAUCAUUCAUGAUAUAAAAACAUUUUCUAAUGUUGGAAUAAAACGAUACAUUACUACGGAUCUUUUUUUUUUUUUUUUUUUUAUUUUAUCGAACAUGCGUUUAAUCUAAUAUAGAAGGAAACGAUAUUCUUAUUAACGAUACUCUCUAAACCGAAUUGUUUGAAAGAUCAGGGAAAGUAGCCUGAACUGCUUAAUUGCUCCUAAAUCAACAAAUUAAUAACUUAGUUGAUUCAAUGAUUUGUAAUAUAUGCGCACGGAAUAAAGAUGAUGUUACUAUUUUAUGCUGGUACAGGUUUCAUUGGUUGCUUUCCCAAGGAUGAAAAGUUUGAUUUUUUUAUUUGAUUGUAAUGUACAAUACAAUUAUCACUAUUUACUUAAAGAUUCAUUGAAUCCAUAAGAAGAAUAAAUCUAUAUAUUUUUACAAAAUCUAUAUAACAAUAUUCCAGAUACACUUUUGACUUUUAAUUUUUUUUGUCACAUUAUUAAUAAUAAGUCUUUGGUCCCUCGUUUUUCAAUUACAUUAUACGCGUAUAUACCAGUUGAAACCGGUAAUAACAUAUAACACUUUUUGCGGUUAUAUAUUGCACGAUACAUGGUAAAAUUCAGGUGAUAUUGCAAAGAAUUGUUUGCACUAUCCACUUUACCUUUAAAAAAUAUUAUACAUAUAAUGUAGUAAGGUAUGUUACUGGUGAGACACUACAUCAUGAGUUUAGAUUAUUGUUAUUAGGAACGUGGAGUUUUUAAUUGCAACAGUUCUGGAUCUAGCAAAGGAUUAUCAUCCGCUUCAGAUUCCAAUGGUUUGUUCAUACUAUUGACCACAAGAGGUGAUGCUGUGGCUGUAUUACUAUAUGGUGAAAAUCCUGCCCAUUCCAUGCCAAGAUAUAUAGGUGGAGGGCUACCCAAUGGUGGUUCCAGUAACAAAUGAUCCGAUUGUUGUUGUUGCUGCUGUUGCUGCUGCUGUUGUUGCUGUAAUUCUUGACACUCCGAGGGUGGUAAAUGGGAAGCCAAAGAAUAUACUGGCUAUUACCUGUACUCUGGCUUCUGUCAAUUGGAUACGUAGAGCAAGCUCUUCCCGAAAGAAUACAUCAGGAUAGUGUGUCUUCUGAAAAGCUCUUUCCAAUUCUUCCAAUUGAAAAUUCGUAAACGUAGUACGAUAUCUACGUUGUUUCCUUUUACCAACUCCGGACGACUGCCUGUCUUCGCUUCCAGGACUUGGUGAAAAGUCGUAUGCUGCAAUGCAUCGAUAACGGUAUUGUUAUCAAGUUUUUGUAUGAAAGCAGUCGUAUGACGAAGUUACGAGGUAACUGAAUCAUUCCUCUACGAACUGAAACUUAUUGCAAGUUGAAGGAUUGUUCGCGACGAUUGAUCCAAGCAUUGCGCUUAAUCAUUAUGACUUUUUACGUGGCGUAAAAUGGUUCAUAACUGUUAAACUGAUUACCACUAACUCUAUUUAAAACAACGGUUGCCGAUUCACUUAAUGCAUUUAGCAAUAAUUUAAUUGAGGACUGCCCCAACUUACGGAGCCGACAGGUAGAGAGUGGCAGUUAAUUAAAUCAGGUCUGGGGUGGCAGGGUGCACUUACAGAAUUUUGUAGGAAAGCAAACCGAGGAAGAUUGAGCGCCUAUCAGACCAGCUAGAGCAGUCGACUGUAGAUCUCCCCCAGGGUUGAUCUCGUCAGGUGCUCCAGCAGAAGCUACGAUCGCUCCAGUAGAUACCAGAGGAUCGCGCGGUGCACCCACUAAAAACAAUUGUCUGCCACUUUCGUUCGCACUUUCGUCUUCUUCUUUUAAAUCCAUUGUAAUACUUGGCUUCCGUCGUUUAAUUAAUUAAAUAUCGAAUAGUUGAAGCAAAUGGUAGACCGAUGAAGGAUAGGGCUAAUGGUAAUUGAAUCACUACCAAGUUGAGAAGUUCGAGUGGAUACCACCGCGACUCCGCAACUCUGCUAUUUCUUUUCUCUUUUACUCCUUUUUUCCUUACACCUGUGCGAUGUAGAUAGGGUAGGGGAUAGAGUAUAUUCAACGUGAACUCCCUCAAGAGGGGUAGUGAAGCCUCAAAAAUGUAUUGCUUAUACACCACGAAUCAAUAGCAUAGGUGUACGCUUGGCAAAAAGAUAUCCAGUUUUCCUUUAUGCGCUUCUUAAAUUUUAUGAAAAAUUAAUGAUUCCUACUUUUAUGUGUAGCGGCAACCGAUUUUUUUAGUAUCAACUUAUGCAACAAGAUAUACUCGUGUCUAAUUGCCUCGUGACAGUAGCAAUUCUAAAGAAAAUUAUUUAACGUCACUUCUUUUCAUUAAGCAUUUUUAUUAAGAUACGUUAUCGGUUAUAAAAUUUAUGUAAAAAGAAAGGGAGCAAACGAUUCGACACAUACAAUUUUCAUACAUUUCUUUAUUAGACAAAUGUAGUGUAUCACAAUAUAUAUAUAUGUGUAUAUAUAUACAUACAAAAUCUACUAGAUCUAUUCAAUAAAUAAAAAUGCAAUGUGCUUAAAAAA